AUGCCCCCUACGUCAAGCCCAGCUCGUCAACAGGCUUCGAAAUCGACAGUGAAACGCGUAUCGUCUCCUCAGUCAGUUACCGGCGAGGUGGCACAUAGCAAGAAAAAGAAGAAUGCCGCGCGAAGAGAUAUUAAGACGGCCAAAGCCGAAAAGCAGACCCUUCUUGAAGACUUAGAGGCCUCCCAGCCCAUAGAACAACUUUUCGAGCCUGCUUCGACCCUACUCACGCCGCAAAACAUGGUUAGUGAUCCUGACUCACCGGUAUUGGAUGCUCUCAGCACGUUAUCCCCAUCGGAGGACCACGACAUUACCUUCCGCACGGAUACAUGGGCUAGGUCGAUCCCUUUUGGCAAAAGUCCUCCGCAAGAGGCGUCAGGCGGAGGAAAUGUUGGAUGUUCUCCAAAUUUCAGUCUGCCGGCGGACAGAGGGGGUUUCCAGCAAGCCGCCAUGUCGGUUUCCCCUCCAACUAGCAAACCACGACCUAUUAGUAUGGAAACGGACUUCUCCAGCUCUUUAAGACAUCGAUUUGAGGAUCGGCAGAAACGGAACUCUAUGAGCACCCAACAACAGCAAUAUCCUCCGCUACCUCAUCUUCCUCAGGCUCACUUCUACUCGGCUCCUGAUGUGAAUAUACCUGGUGUUGCUUCUCCGAUAAUGGCAACAACUCAAGAGCAGGGUUGUUCUUUUAGUGCUCUUGACAUACUCCCAUCGCAUAAACCACGUCUUCCUGGAAAGAAAGUCGUUUUAAUCGGAAGAGAUGGUAUGCUAGAAGUUCUAGCCCUGGAGAACGAACAGGCCCGAGUGCUUGGGGCCGUCAAAGGGUUGAAUGGAAGAGUUCUAAACGCCAAGAUCUUGACUUGGACCUCUGGGACCGACCCAUUCUUCUCCUCUCGACCGCUCGUUGGAGUGACAAUAUUUGGCCCUGUGUCUCAGGAUGACAACGGGCGUAGCUCUUCCACGGCAUCAGACAACACCGAUUCGGCGGCCCCAAGCGUUUCGCAUAGGUUGGAUGCGCAUUCUAACCAUACGGACCUACCUCGUAUGCAAACUCGUGUGCAAGUCUAUUCGCUUAAAACGCAAUGUCUAGUAGCAACACUCUUUGCGACUAGACCCGAGCCUUGCUACACUGCAUUUCCUGGGGCAUCUCCGUCUGUACCCCCAGCUGGGGGGGACUUGAAAUUAUAUUCUAGUGGAGAUUAUAUCGUCCUUGCUUCUGGUACCAGUGGAGAGGUCUUUAUUUUUGGCACUGGCGGGAACCGAACAUCAGAUUCCUAUCGCUGUCUAGGAAAAACGUGGACCAAUAUUCGGAACCGGGAUUCCCGAAGGCAUUCAAGUUCAUCCAACUCUACUAAUGCGGACGAUAUACAAUCCGAACAUGGGCGCGAAACAUUCUCAACAGACAUGCCCAUUUUGACUAUGAGUGGCCGCUGGCUCGCUGUAGUCCCUCCGCCCUCAACCAGAACCUCGCUUCGCGGCACUGUUGGUUGCCAGGUGAGCCAAAAGAGGCUCUACGAGAUAGAUGCCCAUAAUCCACCGUCUCGUCCGUCUGUGACUUGUACGGUGGAUUGCAAUCAGGAAGGUCUUUUCAACAAGAUUACGAAAGGGGUGACGCAGGAAUUAAUUAGAGGUGCCGCCUGGACAGGUGGACAAGUUGCUCAGACGUGGAAUAGUUAUUUUAACAAAGAUGCGCAGCCGAGUCAAACCGCCACAUCACGGCGAGCGCCUCCCUUUGAACCGCCUAACGUAAACCUCCUUCCGCCGACCCACGCCCAAGAACCACAACAACCAUCGAACAGUGAGCCCGAUUUGGUAUCCAUCAUCGACUUGAAGCGGCUUGAAGAGAGUGAAGGCACAAAGACUUCAACAAUCAGUUCAGUAGCGACUUUCCAACCACCUAAUGGAUGCAGCUUUAUUUCCCUGUCACCCAGUGGCCUCAUGCUUUUAACUGCCAGUAAAAAUGGUGAUAUUCAGCAAGUUUGGGACCUUAUGCAAAUGCGGCACUGCAGAGCAAGAUCAUUGGUAUUGGAGGAUAUUUCAUCCGCAGUUCCCCACGCACAAGUCCGGGAGAUAGCGAAAUUUGAUCGCUUAACAAAAACGAGCAUCCUUGAUGUUAGAUGGACGAGCCCUACUGGAGAACGCCUAGCUGUUGUCACAAAAAAUGGCACAAUACACCUAUACGAUAUUCCGCGAAGUGCUUUUCAAUGGCCCCCCUUACGUCGCGUUCCGCGCCAAUCAUCUCCUCAGCAGGGUCAUGCUGAAUACCUGUCAAGAGAAGAUUUGAAUGAAAUGAAUUCCGGAAAUCUAAAUCCGUUUUCUACUGCUGUCAAAGCGAUAGGUGGCACUACUCAACCGUUCAUGGCUGCUCUUCGAGGGCGUGCCCCUAGCGUUGGGGCCGCGUUUGGUGCAGGUGCAGGAUUCGGCUUGUCUUCUCGAGGUGGUAAAGUCAUAGCGUCUGGCUUAAGCAAAUCCGUGGGUGCUGCAACCGAAACUAUGAAUGCUCUCCGGCAUUUUGGUGAAAAUCGGUUGCAUCUUAGCAGGUUAACAAAAGACGGCAGUGUUUCCCGUAUAGAAUGGCUUGGAAAUGAAAAGGAACCAUUUUUGGGUAUCAUCGAUGGCGAAUCUUUCAAGGUAUAUCAAGUCCGACGUGGAUCAGCGGGAAAGAAAAAAAUAGAUCAGUCGGUAUUUGGUGCGAAGAUACGGGAACUUCGCCUCCCCGCAAGCCUACGUCUUCCUGUCGGACCUAGCCAAGCGCUUCUAACAAUGACAAGCGCUACUACCAGUGGUUUUUGGUCACUCCCGUCAUUCACGCACCCACCUCCUGCUGGAAACAUCACCUCCCCGCCGCUCUCUCAAGCAGAAAUUGAGACGAAUGCACCCUAUCAACCGUUCCAUACUGAUCGUCGAGUGAAUUUGAUGAUUUUCUCUGGAGUUUACGAUGACAGCAGUGCCACUGAUCCAUGGGUAUUUGGUGAUGCGAUACCCUCAGUGAAACUGCAAAUUCGUGGAUCCUCGUAUAGAGACGAUACCCCCGCAGAUACGCAUAAUACCGGUGACGGUGAGAUGGAAAACUUGAUUAGCCUGGGCAGCGGUGGUGAAAACGUUGAAUAUGCUGUGAUCACCACCAGGCGAAAGAAGAGAACAGUAUCUGAGAACGCUGCCGGUACUGGAGGGGUUGACGACGAUGGGUUUUUUGAAGACGACUGCGAUAUCCUUGACUUUGCCAGUGAUCGGGUCUGA